AUGGAGGGUGACAACAUCCUUGAAGUCCUGUCAACACCCUCUCCCAAUGAAAAGCCACAGACCAGGGAUCUCCGCGAAACAGCACACAGCUUGAUAUCAGCGACUUCCGGCAGCGACACAGAUUCCCUGCCCGCCACACUCCUAGACCUGCUCACACAAAUCGUCAAGCCACUCUUCAGCAACACGAAGCACGCCGCCUUGACAUCGACAGGACGCAAGAACCUCGUCUCAGCCGCCCCGUCGCUAGGAAAUCGAUUCAACCACCCGCUGACGGACGACGAGCUGAAACCAUGGAAAACACCGUUCACGGCACCGCUGCUCCGCUACAUAAUCACAUCACACUCGAGCAUAGUACCGACCGACCGGAGGAAACAGACGGUAGGAGCGCACUUCCACCUCCUCAUCCCGCCGCUCCUCAACAUGAUCGACGACGGCAGCUCAUCCACCAAGGCGGCUGGGUGCCAGCUCCUCCGGCUGCUGUGUGAGCUGCUUAUAUCUGUCGGGAGUGACAUGUUGCACAAGACUGGCCUGGGCGAUGUCUUCUUCGACGCCCUGAAGACGAAUUUCAUGCUUCUACCGACUCUAACGCCGGAAGACGAGAGUCUCGAAGUGCUGAGGCAGCUCUAUCCGGCUUUCUUGGCAACAGUGGACGCUCGGUAUCGGAGAUCUCCUACCACCACCAUCGCAAAAGAAGUAGGGAAACCAGAAGAAUCGAACGAGCAAAUCCCUGCCUCGAAAGAGUUCACAGGCCGCCAGGACCGGCUGAAGCUGCUCCUGCGCCACGGCGUGCUCGCUUCGCUGUCACACCUGUCCUCCGGCCAGAGCUUUUCGUCCUCGACGUCAGUCCCGCUGACGACCUACCUCGUAUCCCAGAUCGCGCCGAUCAUCGAGAACAUGGGCAUCGACAGCGUCAGAUACCUGCGCGAAUUCUUGCCAGUGCUGAGGGCGGGCCUGAUGGAUCCAUUCGCGCUCGUUGCGAAGGAUCUCGUUGCAGAGAUCCUGCUGGUGCUGGACGUCCUGCUGGACGUGUGUGAGGUUAGAGUGCGCGAGCUGUGGUGGCCUGAGAUCCUGCGGGGCUUGGUAGGGUGUUGGGUUAAUUGCGUUGAUGAGGGUGUGGAUAAGGAGGUGCCGGGGGGUGCAGGCGUGGAAGACAUUCAGAGAAAGUUGAAACAGGUCACCGUGAAACUUGGCUCGGUUGUGGAGAAGGAGCAGUGGCUGGCUGCGAAGGAGAGGCUGUUGGGCGAAGAAGAGGAUUUGGUAGGCUUGUUUGAAGGUUCAUGA